AUGCAGGGGAUACCGUGUAUCAGAGCUUUACUGAAAUACUGUCCGCCAAGAAUCUCAGAUGUCGUGGAGCCCAUUGUAGCGAAUGCCGGGGAAACGUUGAAACUUCCGUGUCCCGUGGACGGGGAACCGUAUCCGAUGUUUGAGUGGUUCAAGGACGGCGAGUCGCUGAUCAUGGCCGACGACCGGAUCCGCGCAACGAAGAACGGGCUCCGCAUCAAAGAAGCCGAGGUGGACGAUUCUGGCAUCUACGAAUGCAAGGCUGUCAACGGGUUCGGUCAGGUUUCCAUCGAAGUUGAGCUUUGGAUCAACGUUCGCCAUCACGUUCACGUCUUAUCGCUCUGUGCGUGUGUACCCUAG